AUGCUGUUCUUGAGAAGACAAACACGUCGAUUUCGCUCCUUUCGGGAGCAAUUUUUACCUAGUCGAUUUAACCGUUGGAAACUCCACAGCAAAUUAGUGCUAAUAUGCAUUUACGUCACCAUAUUCUUCAAUUUACUAUAUGGACUUUAUCUCGGGCGCUUCUCCUUUAGACGCAAAAAGUUUGUGUUUUCAAAAGCGGUUACCAUAUACUGUUUUUUUGUGGCCACAGUCUUUACGCUGUUUUACACCUGGAUAAUUUAUAAAGAAAUCUCGACGGGUCAGAUUAACGGACGCCACACUAUUGGAAUCUAUUGCUAUAUGAACGUAUGCGUUUGCCUAUUCAACUACGUGACACAAUACAAGAUUACUUUCGAAAUAAUAAGAUUCCAGAAUAGCGUUCCGCUUUUUAAGCUGCUUAACUCGUUCGACAUGUCGGUUUCGUUGGUGUGGCGAUCAUUUACCUAUAGUAUACUGAAGCUCCUUAUUUGUCCUCUGAUUGCGUUCAUAACCCUGAUCCUAUAUGAAAAUAGAACCCAUGCGGGCGUUCAUUGGACUGAUUUUACCACAGUGCGGACUAUGUUGCCACUAAUUGUUUCUAAUCAGAUAAAUAACUGUUUCUUUGGAGGUCUGGUAAUAGCCAAUUUGAUAUUUGCUGCCAUUAAUAAAAGUUUGCAUGGCAUAGUUAAGGAGGCAAAUAUGCUGCAGUCACCUAUUCAGAUGGAUCUGCAGAAACCCUAUUACCGGAUGCGUCGUUUCUGUGAAUUGGCCGAUAAAUUGGACGAUUUGGCCAAAAAAUAUAUCUUCACUGCUGGCCGUUCAAGGGGAUACCUUCGGUUUACGGACUGGUCAAUGGUUAUGUCGAUGCUAAUGAACCUUCUCGGAAUCACUCUAGGGUUCUACAAUCAGUAUUUGGCCAUUGCGGACUACUAUAUAAAUGACGAACCCUUCGACCUUUCCGUGGCCAUAGUCUUGUUGGUAUUUCUUAUUGUUCCCUUUUUGGAACUGGCAUUGGUGGCUCGGAUUAGCAACCAAAGUUUGCUGGAGACCAGAACAACUGGGGACCUCCUGCAACAAUUUGAUCUCCAGUACGCCGAUGUCCGUUUUAAGCAAGUGGUGAAUGCUUUUUGGCUUCAGGUCGCCACCAUCGACUACAAACUAAUGCCGCUUGGUCUCCUCGAACUCAAUACCUCGUUGGUCAACAAGGUUUUUUCGGCCGUUACCGGAUUUCUGUUAAUUCUCAUUCAGAGUGACUUGACUUUAAGAUUUUCUUUAAAAUAA